CUUCCUCUCCCGCCCUUCGGUUGAUCGUCACCUUCCCCACCGGAUCCCAAGUGGAUCUGUGGCCUCGGUGGUGACUGUAGCGAACUGCCCCUCUCGGGGCCACAAUGCCGAAGGUGCACCCCGCAGUGCCCGCAUUCAAGCGACGGAAGCUCACGCCAGCAACGUCACAUAGGUACACCCGGAAAUUCCGGCUCUUUCAUUUUCUAGCACCCUUCAUGAACUUCAAACCAUCCCUAUUCCGUCAUCAUCUUGACCUUGCUCGAACCUUUUCACCUUCUCCGGGCCUUUCUUGACGAUAAUUCUACCUCUCGAUCGAAUCCUAUCUCAGCUCGCCCCUUACCGUGACCUACCUACUACCUAUUUGACACCAACUUCCAACAUGUCACCGACGGGCCGCAUCCCGCCCAAGGGCGUCUUCGUCCCCUCGCCCACCUUCUUCCUCCCCGCGUCCGCCGGAGCAUCCCACAACCCGCCCCAAGCCCCCGUCGACACCGAAACACAAAUCAACCACAGCAUCUUCCUCGCAAAGGCCGGCAUCACAGGCAUCACCAUCCUCGGCUCGACCGGCGAAGCCGUCCACCUCUCGCGCUCCGAGCGCAGCGACCUCGUGUCCGCCGUGCGCCGGGGCCUCGACAAGGCCGGCUUCCCCGACUACCCGCUCAUGGCGGGGGUGCUGACGAACGGCGAGCUGGAGGACACGGUGCAGUGGCUGGACGACUACGCCAAGGCCGGCGCGCAAUGGGGCCUGGUGCUGUGCCCGGGCUACUUCGGGCCCGCCGUGCCCCAGGACGGGCUCGUCGAGUGGUUCACCCUGAUCGCCGACCGCAGCCCGAUCCCCAUCCUGGUGUAUAACUACCCCGGCGUGACCAACGGCGUGCAGGUCCUGCCCGAGACGUACAGGGCCCUGGCGAAUCACCCCAAUAUUGUAGGGUGCAAGAUGUCGCAUGGUAAUGUCUCGCAUCACGUUCAGGUGUCCCUCGAUCCGGAAAUCGACCACGACCAGUUCCGUGUGUACAGCGGCUUUGGGAACCAACUGGGUCCGAUCGUGGCGUUCGGUGCCGCUGGUGUCAUUGACGGGAUGGCCGCCUUCUACCCCAAGACAGUGGUCGAGCUCAUGAAGCUGAUGUUGAAGGGGGAUUCAUCUCCCGAGGCACAGGCCGAGAUCCACCGGUUACAGUUUGCUGUUAGCAAGGGCGAGGAAUUCGUCAUGCGAUAUGGCGUGCUGGGUAUCAAGGAGGCUUGUUUCCGCGUGGCUGGGUUCGGCAAUCUUGAGGGCGGUCGCCUGCCGAUCCGCGGGAAAUCGCCAGAAGGCGCAUGGGAGAAGGCAAAGGGGAUGUUCCUAAUGGAGAUCCAGGGUAUUGAGUCGUCUCUUUAGACCGCAUCGGUGUUCCACCCUAUUAGAUAGUGAUAGACAAUAGUUACACACGCAAACGCGCCAUGCCAUGUGUGUUGCUGUGGUCUCC